AUGUCCUGGCCCCAGAUCUUUCCUGGUCUAAGAUCUUGUCCUAGCCCCAGAUCUUGUCCUGGCCCCAAAUCUUGUCCCGUUCUCAAACUUCAUCCUGGUCCCAGAUCUUGUCCUGGCUCCAGAUCUUGUCCUGGUACCAAAACUCAUCCUGUCCUCAAAUCUCACACGGGCCCCAAAUCUUGUUCUGGUCCCAAAACUUCGUCCUGGCCCCAGAUCUUGUCCUGGCUCCAAAUCUUGUCCUGUCCCCAAAUCUCAUCCCAUCCCCAAACCUUGUCCUGUCUCCAAAGCUCAUCCCAUCCCCAAGUCUCAUCUUGUCCCCAAACUUCAUCCUGUCCCCAAAUCUUGUCCUGUCCCCAAUCUCAUCUGGUCCCGCAUCCUUGUCCUGUCCUCAAAUCUCACACUCUCCCCACACCUUGGCCUGUCCCCGGACAUUGCCAUGGCCCCAGAUCUUGUCCCCAAAUCUCAUCCUGUCCCCAAAACUCUUCCUGUCCCCAAACAUUGCCAUGGCCCGAAAUCUUGUUCCAUCCCCAAAACUUAUAUUGUCCUCAAACCUCGUCCUGUCCUCAAAUCUUGUCCUGUCCCCAAAACCUCCCCAUCCCCAAAUCUCGUCCUGUCCCCAAAUCUUGUCCUGUCCCCGAAUCCCACCCUGCUCCAGGAGGUUUGGGGGUGAUGCUCCAGCCUGGAAUGUGCAGGAGUGGGAUGAACCCAAAUCUCAUCCUGUCCCAAAAUGUCACACAGUCCCCAAACCUCAUCCUGUCCCAAAAUGUCACACAGUCCCCAAACCUCAUCCUGUCCCAAAAUGUCAUAGUCCCCAAAUCUCAUCCUGUACCCAAAUCUCAUCCAGUACCCAAACCUUAUCCUGUCCCCAAAAUCCCGUCCUGUCCCCAAAUUCCCUGUCCCCAAAUCCCUUGUCUCCAAAUCCUGUCCUGUCCCCAAAUCCCGUCCUGUCCCCAAAUUCCGUCCUAUGUCCCCGAGGUUGAGGUGGCCCUGGAGAACAACCUGGAAGAGGAUCCAGCCCAUCCCAAGCCCCCCGUGCCUCAGUUUCCCCAUUCCUGA